UGCUGGGAGCUCCGGCCAAUCAAAGCCGCAGCUUCUCCCAUGCGAGUAGUUUGGUGGCCGAAGAGGCAUGACAUCAUGUGCCGCUCUGUCCUUUUCUAAAAACUACUACUGGAGCGUCCUCCUUUCACUACAGCUCUAAAAAAAAAAAAAAAAAACACAACCGCCGCAUCAACCCAUCUGCACUGAUAUCGCUGCUGAUGCUCCGGCGGGGGAAUGGCGGAUGCUGAGGAGACGGCGUUUGUGGAGCGGGACAGCGGCGAUGGGGCUCUAACUGCAUAACAUCCCACCUGUGCGUCUUUAUUUCAUCCUGUUGAGCUCCGUGCCCGCCAUGGACCCGGAGAAUCAGCUGACAUUCUGCCUGGGGCUGCAAGCGGAGGAGAUGACUAUGUCCCUCCAGGGGCUGGUUGCAACUGAAGAUGCCACGGUGCCUGUGAAGGAGAUCGAAAUGAGAACAACUGAUAAGGUGGUGAGACAUCACGGCAGCUCCGGGAGGCAGCCUGUAGUCAGUCCCAAGUACUGUCCUGGAGUCAACAACAAUCCAGGGUAUCUGUGUGAAACCGGUCACUGCUGUGGAGAGACGGGCUGCUGCACGUACUAUUACGAGCUCUGGUGGUUCUGGUUGUUGUGGACGGUUCUGAUCCUCUUCAGCUGCUUCUGUGCUUACCGCCACCGCAGGGCCAAGCUGAGAAUCCAGCAGCAGCAGAGACAGAGAGAAAUAAACCUGAUCGCCUACAACAGAGCCUGCAACUACCACUCCUCAAUGCUGGACCUCAGUUUUCUGACUUCCCUCAAGUUGCCCUCUUAUGAUGAAGUGGCUGCCCAUCCCAGCACGCCUCCUCCACCUUACAACUCCAUAUUUGCCCUGCAGGGGGGUACGCAAGGGGGUCCCAGCUACGCGUACCCCCCUCAUCACCACCACCGCCACCCCUGCCCUCCGUACCUGGGCCCCGGCCCGAGUGGUCUGACCUCCUCUCAGAGCUCUGACAACUACACCAGCUGCUCCUGUGAGUCUUGCUCCCUCACCUCCCCUUCCAGCACCUCCUUCUCCGUCCAGGUGACCGAUGAGACGUACGACAGCAGCCACGUCUCUACACCCAGCGAAGCAGGGGGCGACUUUGACGCCGCACCAAGGGUCGGGGGAACUUUCACACUGAGGUCCCCCACGACUCCCCCAUCGCAGGUUAGCCCAGAUGUUAUACCGGCAGCUACUCCUGAUGUUAUACCAGUGCAGAGAUGUUCCUCAAAUAGCGGUGAAGGAGUGUUGUCUCCUGGUCCUCCUCUGUCUCUCCCUUUACACUCUCAUUCCUCACAUCCUUCUCGCUUCCCGCUCUCUCCCCUCGUCCUUUUAUCCACCGUUCCUCCGACUCAAGCCCACCCUAUUGUCCCAUCGGACCCACUUGGCGCCAUGGCCAUUCAGAAAGAGGCCUUGCCUCCUGAUCUCACUGCCAGGCUCACGCCCUCUCCUCUUUCACCCCACCUAUCCAAUCUGGCCGUUUCCGUGCAAAGCAGAAAUAAAGAAGAGCGAAAACAAGAACGACAAGAGGAGGAAGAGGAGGACGAAGAAGACGACGAGGAUCAUUUCCGGCACCGGCGUUUGACAGGCGACUCGGGCAUCGAGGUGUGUCGCUGUCAUGUGAAGAGAAGGGAAGAGAUGCUGCAAAAAGGGCACUUGGAUAAAGGGAUAAAGGAUAUUAUGAAGGAAGAGGAAAGGCCGGACAUCAAGCUGGACAGCGUGGACGGUUCCCCCCAAACAAAGCCCACCGUGCAGUCGCUUCCCUUACACGACCUUGAGAAGCAGCGCAGUCAGGUAUCGUCGACCUCCAGCGUCAAGGCCGGCGAGGCCGUCAUCACUGUAGAGUCCUCGUAAGCCGACAGCCAGGUAGAUGUAGUUGAACAAACAGGAAAGGUGAGAUAUUUACACUUGAUAGCACUGCUGUGGAUCAAGACUAGUAGGUGAAAAGUUGAAUCACUGAAGAAAAGUCUUGCAGAUCUCACUGCAAUGGUUGCAAGAGGAGGGACGGAAGGGUGACGGAAAGGUUUGAUCUCUCUAUGAGACCCUGACUAGAGGAUCAUCGAGUUUCUGGUAUGUGGCUCUGGUUUUUCUGCAAUUCGCUGAAAAAUCCAGGAGGAAUUAUUUACCCCUUCUUUGUCUUUUUCUUGCUCAAGCCACUUAGCAAUAGUAAGAGCUUUGCACCUACCCGGCAUGCAGUGCAUGCAAACCUGCCCUACUGGCAUCCUUAUUCCUCCUCUCCCCCUUUCUUCAGUCGUACCUUUGAUGCAGCAAUGCUCUCAAAAUAGCACUUUAGCUUUAUGAGAUGAAAUCCCUCGCUCCGGUGGUUCCCAACCUCGUAGUGACUAACAGUACAAGAGAGACAAAAAUACCUUCACUGUUUUACAAAGCGAUAUGACAACAUGGUCUGACUUUUUUUCUUCUAAUGUAUGUGUAUCUUAAGACUUUUAAAAAUGGUUUAAAUUUCGAAAGGGAUAAUCAGUUUGUCGGAAAUUCACAAUUUCCCAUUGUAUGCAAUAUGUGCUGGGAUAGGAGCAUAAUCAUCUUUUGGUACCGGGUGUUGAGGACUAGAUAGGAACCAUAGUCUCGCAUUACACCGCUCAUCCCAAGCGAAAGGAAAAUCCCUUCAGAGUUCACAAAGGAAAACUGAAGAAUACUCCAACUUCAAGAGUGCAGCUCCAAAACAAGCACGUUUAGAUCAUGUAAUAUCAUCUAUAUCCGGUUCAUAAUACAGAUGCUAAAAUGUAAAAGAGUCAUAUUUUCUUGACUUUCACCAGCCUUCUUCCCUUCAUUUUAAAACUAGAAAAUCGUGUCAGAAACAACUCCUCUGAUUGGUUAACUGGGUGGAUGCUUUAUUUGCUUAGUUAAUGAGGAGGGGUGUAAACACUGGGUUAAAUGGGUAGCAUAGUUUUACAGUGGUAUUAGUUAUAACCCAGUGUUUCAAACUCCUACAUAAACACACACAAAUGUUUCACUUUGGAUUGCGUAUGUGUCUUAACGUGCUCUUGGCUGAUCGCUGCCGUGUUUGAAAGGCAAUGUGAACUGUAGUUUUUACAAGGUGGACACUUUAAACUUGUGACUGAUAAUGAUUGUAAAUGUUUAUGCAUAGCAGCAAACAAUGUUUUAGUAAUGUUUAUUGAGACGUUUUUUGGUGGUUUUAUUUUUAAACCUUGACACUUGGCACGCUUUGGAAAUGUGCAGAGGGACCAUUUUAGUGCAGAAACUGGUAGCCUGACCAGCCAUGCUAAUUAUUUUGUUCAUCGAUACUAAAAGUUAGUCAAGUUCCUGUAGAUUCAAUUUUGAUAACUAGUGUCCAUGUGGGCCCCAUCUGAAGUAAAAGUGGGCUACUUGGCUAAAGAGUGUGCCCGAGUUUGAAAUUAACAAACGGCAUAUGUCCCUAAUGGUUUUAGCAUGGUGGGCCCCAAAGGAAAAGUCUGUGGGCCGAACGCUGUAUAUGGAGCUCUGAGGGAUAGGCGAUGUGGAUCACAUUUACUUUCAGUAAUGCAUGCUCCAAUUAGAAAGUUAAUCAGUUGGCACGCACUUAAUUACAGUUAAACCUGCAAGCAAACCCCCGUUUGAACCAUUCAGAACCCCCUUUUUUUUUAGUUCAUAUGGGGCCCACAUAAAGCCUCCUGCUGCGCUCUUCUGCUAGGAUCGGUAGUUCUCUACCAGUGGGAAUAUCUGUGAAUGGGAAGGGGUACUAGACAUGUAAGAAAAAAAAAAAGAAGCAAAGUGAAGGGAUAUGGCUGACUAGGCUAGGCCACUGUGGACUUUCCCCUAAAAAUAUCCAUCGCAAUGCCUUUCUACGCUGAGUAAAGAUUGAUGAACAUUUUAGAUUUAAAAGACCAGGUUGGGAUUUGAAGUUGGAGAUCAGAGUAUUUUAUUAUUAUAAUUACCAUUAUUAUUAUUAUUAUUAUUAUUAAAGCUGCUGUGACUGAAUUCGUCACUUCAGAGUUUGACUGCUUUUCUCUAAGUGCAGCCUGGUUGAUCCAGAUUGCCUCGGAAAAAUCAUGUGUUUAAGCUAAAUACAUUUCUUUUUUUUGUCUCUAGAGAAUAUAUCCUCAGCCUCAGUGGGCCAAGUGUGAUACUCCUAACAGAUGCCCUAUACACCCAAGGAUUUAAUUAAAUCCUGCCCAUAGGACAUGUUAGGGAUAGACGCCCAUGGAAUUUACUGUUAUUAACUGUAAGUACAAGUUUUAGAAACUCAGAAUGUCUAAUAACAUUUUGUAAAUGUUUGUCUUGCUGUCAUUGUCGUGAGACAGAUGUCUCCGUGGUUUAUUUACCGGCGGCGACCUUACUGUGUCCGUGACGAAAACUUGACUUAACUGUCUCGUGUCUGAAACUUUUGAGGAAUUUAUUGAUCUGUGCAAAGAGGACUUUGCCACAGUUAGCUGUGUAAUAUAAUAGAUAUUUUUCAGACAAACCAUUCGUCCACGCGUCCAGGAGGAGAGGGACGGUGAGACGGUUUGUGCUGCAGGUUGUUUUUGUUGUGAAGGUCAUCCUGUGAUGGUUUCUGUUCAAAGCUCUUGUGCAGUGACUCACAGGUGUGUGUGUCAGAGGGCGCUGACUGCUCAGCAUCUGGAAAACAUAAAAAGCUCUCUGGACACAGUUCAUCUUUGCUGUAAAGAUAUCUUUUUUUUUCCAUUUUUACUGGUCCGUGCUACUGUUUGUUGUUGAUCAAAGUAUAUGGUGCCUAGAUGAAUACAGACACUUUGUGAAGCAUUCUGUAGUUUGUUUUUUUUGUUUUUUGUUGUUUUUUUUUGCAAAUAAUGUUGGAAUUUUGCUAAAUUGUGAAUAAUUGUUUCUUGAUAGUGCUUAGCCCUCUCUUUUUAAUAUAUAGAGAGUACAGGUGAGACUUAAAACUGUUGUAUUUAGCAAUAGUAUUCACACUUUUUCCCUUUUUCUGGUUAAUGCUGGUGUGAUGGAAAAAGGAACUGUUAUGAAAUAGACAUUUACCUCUUUAUCACAGGUCCAUGCGCUGUGUCGGCCAGAGGCCUCUGAUUGUACAAACACAGCAUUAUAAAUGCCUUUGGCUUAUGUUUUGUUUGUUUUUGUUUUUUGUUUUUUUUUUCCCAAGUGCAAACUGAGAUUAUGUGGGUUGACCUUUGCUCCAGUUUGAGUCUCAUGUGAUAACGAUAAAACUGAUUCACAUAGUUAAAGUGGACUUCAGAUAGCCAUUUCUGGCCCUUUUUGUCUUAUCUAGGGUACUUCUGCUUUUGCUUUGCACCAAUCAUGCCUAAAAACAGUUUACUACUUCAUAAAACGCCUCUUCCUCGAAUCAGAUGAUGUUGUCCUAAGUGUCCUCUGACUGGUCGAAUUGCGUCAAGUUUUUCUGGAUUCCACCUGAACACGCACAUCUCCUGUCGCUGGUCAGGAACAGAGCACAGAGCUCCAGACCAAGCUACAAUAAUAUAAACUUUACGUUUUCAACAAGGACAAGUCAAGAACUACAGCCAUGUUCGAGACACAAUCAGAUCCAGUGUAUAAAAGUUGCCAACCAGAAGAAAAGCAACAAAGACUCUCACACCGACAUCUCUGCUUUGGAAAUUAACCUGGUUUCUUUAGAUGCACUGUUUAUUCUGCAAUGUAAAGAAAGAAAGCAUCUCAUUCAUCUCUCUUUAUUGUUUCUGAAAAAAAAACACUUAUUUUUUAUCGUAUCAUUUCUUCUACAUCCAAAACAUUUUAAAUCCAGGUCCUAGGUUUUGAUGUCAUUUGUUGUCAUCUGUCUUUUGUGCAUUAUAAUCCAUACAUUUGGCCCAAACAUGAGUCCAACACGUUAUGUGAACAAGAAUUUUAAGAGUUUUAGGGGGUUGCAUAAUUUUGGUUUAACUCUUUGAUUCCUAACAUACAGUAUAAAAUAAAACAUAGAAA